AUGCCGUCCACGAUUGAGGGAAGCACAGCGCGAAGCUUUCCUACUAUCAAGCAUGUCCGCACCUUCAUCACGCAAGGGCCAGGGUCAGGCGGCGACUACCACAAUGUGCACGGCGGCCAUUGGCUCAUUGACAGCAAGAUAUCCACGCCCAUGUCCCAGUACGAGAAGUACAGGAAGUCGCGCACGAGCUGGGGUAUUAACGUGCUUGGUUCCUUCUGUGUGGAGAUUGAGGCGACCGAUGGAACCAAGGGCUUCGCGACUGGUUUUGGAGGGCCGCCAGCAUGCUGGUUGGUCGCAGAGCACUUCGAGCGGUUUCUGAUCGGUCAAGACCCCCGGGAUACAAACCACAUCUUCGAGCAGAUGUACCGCGGAUCCAUGUUCUAUGGUCGAAAGGGCCUACCGGUAGCGGUCAUCUCCGUCAUCGAUCUCGCCAUCUGGGAUCUUCUGGGCAAGAUCCGAAACGAGCCCGUAUACAAGAUGAUCGGCGGCGCAACAAGAGAAAGACUGAAUUUCUACUGCACUGGUCCUGAGCCGCUUGCAGCCAAGGAGAUGGGCUUCUGGGGUGCAAAGGUGCCCCUCCCAUAUGGCCCGGGAGAGGGUCCUGAGGGACUGAAGAAGAACGUGGAAUUUCUCACAAAACACCGCGAAAGCGUUGGUCCCGACUUCCCCAUUAUGGUUGAUUGCUACAUGAGCCUGAAUGUACAAUACACCAUCGAGGUUGUGGCGGCGACCGAACACCUCAAUCUGAACUGGUGGGAGGAAUGUCUCUCGCCUGACGAUACGGACGGUUUCGAAUUGAUCAAGCGUGCACACCCGCGGAUGAAGUUCACCACCGGCGAGCACGAAUACUCGAGAUAUGGCUUCAGGAAGCUGAUUGAGGGGCGCAACCUGGACAUACUCCAGCCAGACGUCAUGUGGGUUGGAGGCAUGACCGAGCUGCUCAAGAUCUCCGCAAUGGCAGCCGCGUACGACAUCCCCGUCGUCCCGCAUGCCAGCGGUCCAUACUCUUAUCACUUUGUCGUCAGCCAGGCGCAUUCUCCAUUUCAGGAGUAUCUGGCAAACUCCCCAGACGGCAAAUCGGUCUUGCCAGUGUUCGGUGAUCUGUUCCUCAACGAGCCCAUUCCCACCAAGGGCUACCUCGAUGUAUCUAUCCUCGAUAAGCCUGGGUUUGGUCUUGAACUCAACCCGAAAGCUCGGUUGAUUGAUGCUACGAACAUCUUGAACCCCGCGCCGGCCAAGUCAUUGAAAGCGCCGGAGCAGGCGCCGGUCGAGGCUGAAGAUGCUAAGACCAAUGGCGAUGCCGUUACCUCCACGCUCGAGAAGCUGAACAUCACCGGCGGCGGCGCGCAGGGCGUUCCCACAAAGGAGCCCACCGAGGAGCAGCUCAAUGAGCUCAAGUCCAAGUAUGAGAAAGCAGGGCAGGAGCAGGUCUUCGCCUUCUACGACAAGCUCUCCACAGCUGAGAAGGCGGCGUUGUACGAGCAGCUGCAGAACUUCAACCCUGACUACAUCAACGAGAUCACAGACAAGGCACUCAACCCACCCAAGGCGGAGUCCGCCGAGGACAAGCUCGAGCCGCUUCCCGAAAAUGCCACAUCGUCGGUCCUCGAUUCGAGCGCGGAGGACCUCCAGAAAUGGUACGACAGCGGUCUUGAGCUGAUUGCAGAGAACAAGGUGGCGGUGGUUCUGAUGGCCGGUGGCCAAGGCACACGGUUGGGCAGCUCCGACCCCAAGGGCUGCUUCAACAUUGGGCUGCCCAGCAGCAAGUCGCUAUUCCAGCUGCAGGGUGAGCGCAUAGUCAAGGCUGAGAAGCUGGCCAAGAAGAAGCACGGCAAGGAGAGCGUCACAAUCCCCUGGUAUGUCAUGACCAGCGGACCCACGCGUGCCCCUACACAGAAGUUCUUCGAAGAGAAGAAUUACUUUGGACUGAAGAAGGAGAACGUCAUCAUCUUCGAGCAGGGUGUACUUCCUUGCAUCUCGAAUGAGGGCAAGAUCCUUCUCGAGAGCAAGUCAAAGGUCGCUGUUGCACCCGAUGGCAACGGUGGUCUCUACCAAGCGCUCAUCAACGCUGGCGUAGUUUCAGAUAUGGGCAAGCGCGGCAUCAAGCACAUCCAUGCAUACUGUGUCGACAACUGCCUCGUCAAGGUCGCUGACCCUGCCUUCAUUGGCUUCUCCGCGUCCCAGAAGGUCGACAUCGCCACCAAGGUUGUCCGCAAGCGUGACGCCAAGGAGUCGGUUGGACUCAUCCUGCAGAAGAACGGCAAACCUGACGUCGUCGAAUACUCCGAGAUCUCCACCGAGGAUGCGGAGGCCACGGAGUCCUCCGGUCUCCUCAAGUUCCGCGCCGCGAAUAUUGUGAACCACUACUACUCGUACGAAUUCCUCGAGAGCAUUCCCGAGUGGGCAAAGAAGCUGCCCCACCACGUCGCGCGCAAGAAGAUCCCCUUCGUGAACACGGAGACCGGCGAGACGGUCAAGCCGGAGAAGCCCAACGGCAUUAAGCUGGAGCAGUUCGUCUUCGACUGCUUCCCGUUCUUGUCGCUCGACAAGUUUGCCUGCAUGGAGGUCAAGCGUGAAGACGAGUUCUCGCCCCUGAAGAACGCGUCUGGGGAAGACAGCCCUCAGAGUAGCAAGAAGGACAUAAUGACCCAGGGUAAGAAGUGGGUGGAGGCUGCGGGUGCUACCGUAGUCAGCGAGGACUCUGAAGCAGGAGUCGAGGUGUCGCCUUUGAUCUCAUACGGCGGUGAGGGUCUCGAGUUCGUCAAGAACACGACCAUUACGGCUCCGGCUGUUAUUGAGAACGAGCCUUAAGCGCUAUUCGAAUGUAUAACUGGGGAAGUGUUGCACAUGUGUGCUCUAACCAAAGGAGUCACACGGUCUUACGAACAUAACGAAACAUAAAAUAUGUGUAUACUGAAUGUCUUUCGAAUAUGAUGGGCAUCUCCGUCCCAAAACGGUGUUUCCGCCAUUCUAAGAGUGAUGCAGUGAGGGCUACCGGACUUCCCUCGACACUAAAGAGCUCUUACCUCAACAGUCCCAUACUCAUGUGAGCGUAAUCUGGGUCGCUGAAGAACUGGUGCCAAUGUCGCACAACGCUAACCAGGGUCCUGCCUCUCGGGCGUCUCGCGUGGUCGACAAGAGGGU